AUGGCCGCAUACUACACCUUUGAGGACCUCUCUGGCUCGACAGGGAACGGAGUCAAGACUGACAAUCCGUAUCAUGAUUUGAUUGAGUCUUGCGAUAAUGAGCCGGCUAAGAUCCAAGCAAGAUACGACACACACCGUACCAACCGCAAUGCUCAACAAAAAGACAAGCUCUUGUCGCCCGACUUCCCUGGAGUGACCCUUGACGAGAUUCUUGCGAAAUUGGAGAACCCCAAGCAGUAUCCAGAUUACAAGGAUCCUCGUCACUGCCUCGUCUUCUGGGCGAGGCCAACGAGCCAGGUCAAGAGCCUCAUUGCAGAAGUCCAAAGCCGUCUCAAGGAGGUCGUGCCAAACCUCUGGACCAUGCCUCAGAACAGUCUACACAUGACGGCUCUUGAGAUCACACACAGUCUUACGGCACCGGAGAUCGAUGCCCUGGUGAACCAGAUAUUGCCCCACGCGGAGACAGUCACGAACUACACCCUCAACCAUCGAUCACGACUCGUGAAGCCCAUGGUCAGCUUUGACGCCCAGGCCCUCGCUCUCUCCUGGCUACCCGCAGACGCAGAGCCAGGCCGCAGCGAGGAGGAAGACAAAUACACAUACCACCACCUCCGCAGGGACCUCUUCACUCUAGCGAGCAACACAGGCGUCAAAGUCGCCAGUCGAUACGUAAUUCCUACAGCACAUCUCACGAUCGGGCGUUUCAUCCAGACAGCGGACUUGGAGGGUCAUGAUGGGAAGGUUGACGGUCAGAAAGUGAAGAAGCUGGUGGAGAGGAUCGAGGAGAUCAACGAGUGGUUGCGGGAGUUUUGGCCGAAGGAGGGAGAUAGGGCGAUUCGGGAUGGAGGCGAGUGGGUUGUUGGGCGGGAGAAGGGGUUGGAGUUUCGGAAGGGGAGUUUGUGGUAUGGGGGUGGUGGGGAGACGGUGAUGGUUGGAAAGGGGUUUUAG